UCUAAAAGAAGCCUGGGCCGGGAGGGAUCGGCGCUGCCGCCCCCCGCCGAUCGCCCCUUGUAGAGAGCGCAGCGCCAGCGGCCACUACUUCCUUCCCUUGCAGCAGCAGCAGCAGCAGCAGCAGCGCUCCCGCUCUUGGCAUCCUCAUCAUGACCGACCGCUCCACCUUUGACACCAAUGUGACCACCCUUACCCGCUUCGUGAUGGAAGAAGGCAGGAGAGUGCGAAGCACCGGCGAGCUCACCCAGCUGUUGAACGCGCUCUGCACGGCCAUCAAGGCGAUCUCCACGGCCGUGCGCAAGGCCGGCAUCGCUAACCUUUACGGAAUUGCUGGCUCUACCAAUGUGACAGGAGACCAAGUGAAGAAGCUAGAUGUUCUUUCCAAUGACAUGGUGAUCAACAUGCUCAAGUCAUCAUUCACAACUUGUGUGAUUGUGUCAGAAGAAAACAAAGAUGCUAUCAUUGUGGAGGAAGAUAAACAAGGUAAAUAUAUUGUCUGCAUGGAUCCACUUGAUGGCUCUUCUAACAUUGACUGCCUUGUUUCCAUUGGAACCAUUUUUGGAAUCUACAGAAAGGUUUCAUCUGGUGCACCCUCAGAGAAAGAUGCUCUGCAGGCUGGGCGUAACCUUGUGGCAGCUGGCUAUGCCCUCUAUGGCAGUGCUACCAUGCUUGUUCUGGCUCUGGAAUGUGGCGUCAACUGUUUCAUGCUUGAUCCGGCUAUUGGGGAAUUCAUUUUGGUCAACCGGGAUGUAAAAAUCAAGAAAAAAGGAAAGAUCUACAGCAUCAAUGAGGGAUAUGCUACAUACUUUGAUCCUGCUGUUACAGAGUAUCUUAAGAAGAAGAAGUUUCCAGAGGAUGGUAGCUCUCCCUAUGGCAGCAGAUACAUUGGUUCCAUGGUUGCUGAUGUACAUCGUACACUGGUUUACGGAGGAAUCUUUCUAUAUCCAGCCAACUCACAAAGCCCUCAUGGAAAGUUAAGGCUACUCUAUGAGUGCAACCCCAUGGCUUUUAUCAUUGAGAGAGCUGGAGGAAUUGCAACAACAGGCAAGGAGGCAAUCUUGGAUAUUAAGCCUGAAAAUAUUCACCAGCGCGUGCCUAUAGUCUUGGGAUCCCCAGACGAUGUGCAGGAAUACAUAGCCUUGUUCAAGAAGUAUGCAGCAAAAUGAGGAGAAGAGGCUUGCUACAUCCACAAAUGAAGUGCCCUUACCAACCAAGGAUCACACUGUGCAAUACUGUUUGACUGUGAAGCCAUUCCUGGAGUGCAUUAACUUCAUAAUGCACAAAAAGUGUACUUAAUGCAAACUUUUAAUGUGCCAUUAAAAGCAAAUUUAAGAGAA